AUGAGUACAGGUGACAAGUCAGAAAUGGGAGGUGAAGUAUACGAUGCACUGCUGCUUACAGUAGGAGCAAUUGGAAUUUCAAUGGCAUCUAAGAAACUACUGAAGGAACCACUAGGUACACCAGAGAGUACAAAAGGAAUGUUGAAGUUGGCUGUCUCUGUCAGUCUUUCAUCCCUACUAGUAGCAUACUUGAAGAAACACAAGUUCAUCCAUAAUAACCCAACUAAACCCAAGAAAACUACCUGAAACAAUGGUCAGAGUAUAGAAUGACAAGCGCGGUAGCAGGAGGACUUUUUAAUGCAUUUGCAUUUGCAGGAGCAGGAUACCUAUUUAAAAUGUUCGAUAAGAACGGAUACGCUGAGGAAGCUAAGAGACAUAACCUUGCAAUGGAGAACCUAACAGCUGAAAGAGAGAAGUACCUUGAAGACGUCACUGAUAGAAGAAAUAGAAUAGCUCAACUAAGGGACGAACUAGCUGAUACAAAUAGGGAUAUCAAGUCAACGAACCAGUCACUGGAACUAGUUAGAAGAAUCAAUGAGUUAACACGUAAGGCUAUGCCGAGGAAGCCGCAAUUAGUAAUCACUACAAACCUAGCUCCGAGAUGGAAGAAUAUAUGGCACUAUUUGGUUUAG